AAGACAGUACCACAUUUUUCUAUUACAAACCACAAAACGUGGUCACUCAUCCAACAUCCAGUAUUUCGCCACGUCAUAUCACACAUUUCAACAAAACAACCUUACCUAAAACAGAGUACCACUGUAAACGGCUCACGAAAGUUGAAAUCAAAAGAGAACGAUAUAUAUAACAAGAAAGAAAAGAGCGAAAAAGCAUAAAUAUUGUUCAAUUUAAAGGCUUUUCUAAAUCAAUAAAACAGCGUUUUUGGUCUCUUCACGCAGCACGCCACUACUGUUCAAUUUAUUUCGAUUUUGGAAGCCAUUUUUUUUGGGUCGAGAAUCAAACAUGCCUUCCAGUCACUUGCUUCUCGAGGAGCCGAUUAGGAUGGCCUCUAUCUUAGAGCCAUCCAAGGCCAGCUUUUUUUCUGCUAUGACAAAGAUCGUUGGUACAUUAGGUCCUAAAUCUCGAUCUGUUGAAGCCAUUUCUGGUUGUCUUAAAGCUGGCAUGUCUGUGGCUCGUUUUGACUUUUCUUGGUGUGACCCUGAGUAUCACCAGGAAACUUUGGAGAAUUUGAAGACUGCUAUUAAGGGUACUAAGAAGCUAUGUGCUAUUAUGCUGGACACAGUUGGUGCAGAGAUGCAGGUUGUUAACAAAAGUGAGACAGCUAUCUCCCUUAAGGCAGAUGGUCAGGUUGUGCUAACUCCUGACCAGGAUCAAGAAGCUUCUUCGGAGAUAUUGCCAAUAAACUUCAAUGGACUGGCACAGGCAGUGAAGAAGGGAGACACUAUUUUUAUUGGUCAAUACUUGUUCACAGGAAGUGAAACUACUUCUGUAUGGCUAGAGGUAUCUGAAGUCAAAGAUCAAGAUGUUGUAUGUACUAUAAAGAAUUCAGCUACAUUGGCUGGGUCAUUGUUCACUUUGCAUGCCUCUCAAGUUCGUAUUGAAUUACCUACCCUUACAGAGAAAGACAAGGAGGUUAUAAGCACCUGGGGUGUUAAGAACAAAAUUGAUUUUCUGUCAUUGUCAUAUACCCGGCAUGCCGAAGACGUCCGUGAGGCUCGUGAGUUCCUUUCAAAGUUAGGCGACCUUAGUCAGACUCAAAUUUUUGCAAAGAUUGAAAAUGUUGAGGGAUUGACCCAUUUUGAUGAGAUUCUGCAAGAAGCUGAUGGUAUUAUCCUUUCCCGUGGGAAUUUGGGCAUUGAUCUUCCACCAGAGAAGGUUUUUCUGUUUCAAAAAUCUGCCCUAUACAAGUGUAAUAUGGCCGGGAAGCCUGCUGUGUUAACACGUGUUGUGGAUAGCAUGACUGACAACUUAAGACCGACUCGUGCUGAAGCCACUGAUGUUGCCAAUGCUGUUUUAGAUGGAAGUGAUGCAAUACUUUUGGGUGCUGAGACUUUACGUGGGUUGUACCCUGUUGAGACUAUUUCUACCGUUGGCAGAAUUUGUUCAGAGGCUGAGAAAGUUUUCAAUCAAGACCUUUAUUUUAAGAAGACAGUCAAAUAUGUUGGAGAACCCAUGACUCAUUUGGAAUCUAUUGCAUCCUCUGCGGUACGAGCUGCUAUUAAGGUGAAAGCUUCUAUUAUAAUUUGUUUCACUUCAUCGGGAAGGGCUGCAAGGUUGAUUGCAAAGUAUAGGCCGACAAUGCCAGUUCUCUCUGUGGUGAUCCCCCGACUUAAGACAAAUCAGCUAAAGUGGAGCUUUAGUGGAGCUUUUGAGGCAAGACAAUCACUUAUUGUAAGAGGUCUCUUUCCUAUGCUCGCUGAUCCUCGACAUCCUGCUGAAUCAACAAGUGCAACAAAUGAAUCUAUUCUUAAGGUUGCUCUUGAUCAUGGAAAAUCAUUGGGAGUUAUAAAGUCACAUGAUCGAGUUGUUGUUUGUCAGAAACUCGGUGAUGCAUCCGUGGUUAAGAUUAUUGAGCUUGAAGAUUGAAGUGCAUAUUAAUCCAACAACAGUUUUAGGUGUAGUUCUAAUAUUUUUUCGGGGGUUAAACUAUUUCUCAAGUUUUUAUAGUAUAUCAUUCUACCACGAGUUGAUGUUAUCUCGACUUGGUUUUGAUCGCUAAAUGAUGUUUCCUUAUAUUGGAAAUGAAUUAUUAAUGGCUGUCAUUAUACAUAAAAUCAAGGGAAUGUCCCUUGAUGGAAAUUUUUCCCAAUAUUUUCGGUUUAAUAUUUAUUAUAUAAGAACACGGCUUGAAAGUGUGUAUGUUGGAUACUAUAGCCAAACUAAUGAUGCUAAUAGAUUCUGUUUUGAAUUA